GCACACUCCAAGUUGCUCUCGCACAACCAUCGUGAUUCGUGGGACAUCGAUAUCUGAUAUCUUGUAAUACUGGCAUCCGUUGUAAGUUUGUUGUCACUCGUGAUGUAUAAUCGCACGUUCGCUGCGAGCGGAUUGAAUGAGGAAUUAGGAUUUGUGUAUCAAUUGACUUGGAGCGCGGAUGGCUGAUGAAUGACGUGGACGAUUGGCGCGGUUUGUGUUUACAAAGCGUUGGGAUUGUGGUGUUUGGAGUAGGUGGGUGCUCGUACUCGUCUUUCAGUUGUCUGUACAGGAAAGAUCAACCGCCCUUAAAUGCUAUCAUUACGUCCAAACGAUCGAGCGUUCGCCGAGUCGCUUUCAACGAGCGAGAUAUUCCGGGUGCGCCAGUGCGGUCCCGGUGCAAGCAACCCAGCAUGACAGCAGCCUGGGCAUAGCCCACGCGAACCAGCGCUUCGAGAAGCCAUGGAGAAACUCAACGGU